AUGGGACAAGACGAAAACAGUAGAAUUGCCAACCGAAAACCUUUAGUUUCCAUCCCACGUAAGCUGUAACAAUGUUCUUAUUUUCGGCUUUUAGCAAUGCCAUGGUUUGGAAUGGAUACUGGUGGGACGUUGACCAAAUUGGUUUAUUUUGAACCUGCAGACACCGUAAGCAUGACGAAGACAUGCAUCAUUAAUCUCUUGUUCUAGAAAUACCUGGACGAGCAUGAAAGUGAACUGGCAAAGACGAUCCAUCAUUAUUUAGUAAAUAACAAAGCCUACGGGGAAUCCGGAGUCCGGGAUGUGGACAUGCAAUUGAAUAAUGUCGUGGUUAAUGUAAGCUAGUUAGAUUUUUUACAUGCUACUGUUUAGGAUAGAAAAGGAACUCUUCAUUUUAUCAGAUUCCCCACCGAGAAGAUGCCAAAUUUUAUAAAAUUAGCGAGGAGCAAAGGAUUCGCUAUGAUGAGCAGCACUGUUUGUGCGACCGGGGGUGGCGCUGUCAAAUUCUUCACUAUGACGGAACAUGUAAGUGUAUUCUCUUAUUGUUGAAGUUUUUAGGAGCUUCAUAUGACGAUGCGAAAGGCGGACGAGCUUGUUUCUCUGAUCAAAGGUAUAGAAUUGGUGACUUCGUUUGAUCCCGAUGAAUGCUAUUAUUAUGAUAAUCCAUUAGAUCCCGAGAAAUGCAAGAGAGUGAUAUGGUAAGUCUGUCAAACUCCGUGUUGUCUCUAUGUUUUACUUCACUGAUUGUUUCCUGAUUUAGGCGGUGGUCAAGUGGGCGAUGUUCAUCAACAGAUAUGCAUCAUAUUGGACAGCCAGUGAAGGAGGGAUUACAGUAUCCGUAUGUGGUGUGUAACAUUGGAUCGGGUGUGUCGGUCCUCGUUGUGAGGUCUCACGAUAAGUUCCAGAGAGUUUCCGGUUCGAGUAUAGGCGGUGGAUUCUUCCAAGGUUGUCAUUAUAUUAGUUACAAAAUUUAUAUUAGUACAUUAAUUCAGGCUUGUGUUCUCUACUGUGCAAAUGCGACACCUUCGAACAAGCGAUUGAGCUUGCGGCGAAAGGGGAUAAUGCAAAUGUGGACAAAUUGGUGAAGGACAUUUACGGAAGCGGAUAUGAAAGUGUGGGUUUACCUGGGGAUAUUGUGGCGGCCAGUUUUGGAAAGGUUUGCAACAAGGAGGCUAGAGAACAGGUCAAGCCUGAAGACCUUGCCAGAUCAGCACUGGUAACGACCGCAAAUAACAUCGGAUCAAUUGCAUUGAAUGUCGCAAACCAGCAUGGGGUAGAUCGAAUUGUAUUUGUUGGUGAGUAUUAGUAAUAGCUCUGUAAAGUAUAAAUUUAAAGGUAAUUUUCUUCGGGUUAACCCCAUUGCCGCGCGUCAUUUAUCCCACGCCAUGGAAUUUUGGUCCAACGGAACCAAAAAAGCUCUCUUCUUGAAUCAUGAAGGUUACUUCGGGGCAGUCGGAUGUCUCGAGAAGCUAGUGGAUCUGGUAGAUGAACAUAGAACUGUUGUUACAAUUAAUGGAAACGCCAACAUUCAAGUAGAUCACAAGUAA